AUGCAGGCGGCAUCGAUUAUCUACAUGAUCAGGCAUGGCGAAAAGCCAGAUAAUGGCGCUGAUGGUCUCUCUGCUCAGGGGCUAGCAAGAGCGCAGCGCCUUCGUCAAGUUUUCGGAUUGAACAGUGGAUUUAAUAUUGGCUAUAUCAUUGCCGAACAUCCUAAGAAAGAUGGUUCUAGGAAACGCCCGUAUGAAACUGUGCAACCUCUGGCCAACGAUUUGGAGCAUUUGGGUGUAGAAUUCAACACAAAGGUUGAUAAAGGCGAUGCGGUAGGCGUCGCUAGGGUCGUAAAAAAGUUUAGCGGACCCGGGAACGUCCUUAUUUGCUGGGAACAUCAUAACCUUUCCGAUAUCGCAAAAGCCAUUGGCAUAAGAGGAUUUGCGGAGAGUAGUGGCAUCUCUGGCGAGCUUCAAUACCCAGGCUCACGUUUUGAUCUUAUUUGGGUCGCCCCGGCCCCUUACGAUGAAAUAACCGAAGUACUCAGCGAGGAUAGUCUGGGUUAA